AUGGACAGCAGGGCGCGGAGCUCUUCCAGAGAGGCCCAGGGGCGAGGUGGCAGGUCCUCUUCCAGGGAGGACAAGAAGGCGAAGGCCGGGAGGGGCAGCGGAGGCCGCACGCGCCCGGAGGCUGGGUCAGAGCGGCGGAGCUCCGGGCGAACCCGGACCCGGGGAGAGCCCCGAGCCCCCGCCGCCACCGUGGUGGACGUGGACGAGGUUCGGGGCUCCGGUGAGGAGGGCACCGAAGUGGUGGCGCUGCUGGAGAGCGAGCGACCCGAGGAAGGUAUCAAGUCCUCUGGGUUAGGGGCCUGUGAGUGGCUGCUUGUCCUCUCCUCCCUGCUCUUCAUCAUCAUAACUUUCCCUUUCUCCAUCUGGUUCUGCAUAAAGGUUGUACAAGAGUAUGAAAGAGUAAUCAUAUUCCGACUGGGACAUCUGCUCCCUGGAAGAGCCAAAGGCCCUGGCCUGUUCUUUUUUUUGCCAUGCCUGGACACCUACCACAAGGUCGACCUCCGUCUCCAGACCUUGGAGAUACCUUUCCAUGAGGUGGUAACCAAAGAUAUGUUUAUAAUGGAGAUAGACGCCAUCUGCUACUACCGCAUGGAAAAUGCCUCUCUUCUCCUAAGCAGUCUUGGUCAUGUGUCCAAAGCCAUCCAGUUCCUGGUGCAAACCACCAUGAAGCGCCUCUUGGCACACCGAUCCCUCACUGAAAUUCUCCUGGAAAGGAAGAGCAUUGCCCAAGAUAUGAAGGUUGCCUUGGACUCAGUGACCUGUAUUUGGGGCAUCAAAGUGGAGAGAACUGAAAUUAAGGAUGUGAGGCUGCCAGCCGGGCUUCAGCACUCUCUGGCUGUGGAGGCUGAGGCACAGAGACAGGCCAAAGUGCGGAUGAUCGCGGCCGAAGGGGAAAAGGCUGCUUCCGAGUCCCUGAGGAUGGCAGCUGAGAUCCUGUCGGGCACCCCGGCCGCUGUUCAGCUUCGAUACCUGCACACACUGCAGUCCUUGUCCAACGAGAAGCCGUCCACUGUGCUUUUACCUUUACCGUUUGACAUGCUGAACCUUCUGUCUCCUCCCAGCACCAGAGCGCAGGGAAGCAUCAACUACCCACACUCCUCCAAACCUGUCGAACCACUAAACCCCAAAAAGAAGGACUCUCCCAUGUUAUAGGGGUGGAUGGACAGAAAGCAAUGUGAGUCUGCCAUAUAAAACUCCAUCCCCGAUGAGGCAUUCAGUCGUCCUGCCCGUGUUGGGUGCCAAAUAGAAGGCCUUUUGGAUGUGUGAUGUCGCAAGAUGGCCACAUGCAUGAGAACACAGUGAAAUGCCAGUGGCAGAGAAGGCAUCUAACUAUAUCAUAGUAAUUACAGGAAAGAGAUUUAGAAUUUUGAAUCUGUAUGUGGUUCGAUUUUGAUUUCUGAAGACUUAGUUCAGAUAUCUCCUACUGUGUAUUACCUGGCUCCCUUAGCAAGGUCUUUGCAGAUCCCACAGCCUUUGCUAUGAGCACCUGUCAAUGUGCUUAU